AUGAUAGAAAGAUCAGAGAACACACCCACGGCUGCAGACAGUGGGUUCUGGAGCAGUGCUAAUGGCCGCUCAUGUCGGACUGCGGAGCGCCCAGCUCUGGUGGUGUCCCUCAGGGCUCUGUACUCUGUCCGUCUGACUUCACCUCUGUCCUGCAGUGAAAACCACAAUGUGAAAAUCAACGGGUGGUGUGUGCGAGCCGGGCCCCUCCAGUGUGACGAGGUGGUGGUACCUGUGGCUCUGCGAUGGCACCACUCAGCGGCUAUAAAAAACUGUAAAACUGUAAAACUGUCGGACGGAGCGCAGACCCCGGGGCCCAGCGCUAAGCCCCCUCUAACUGCCACACUUCACUCCUGCUUUGGUGCUGCUAAAACCCCUCCAUGUUCUGUGGUCAGCGGCAUUACCACACCGUAA